UGUAAAUGUUCCUGUUUCAGAGGGAAAGUCCCUGAGAGGAGGAAGGAAAAACAACCAGCGAACAUCGACCCGUCCCCCGUCCCUCGACCCGUCCCCUCGACCUGCGACCCGUCCCCCGACCUGCGACCCGUCCCUCGACCCGUCCCCUCGACCUGCGACCCGUCCCCUCGACCUGCGACCCGUCCCUCGACCUGCGACCCGUCCCUCGACCUGCGACCCGUCCCCACCACCUGCGACCCGUCCCCUCGACCUGCGACCCGUCCCCCGACCUGCGAACCGUCCCUCGACCUGCGACCCGUCCCUCGACCUGCGACCCGUCCCUCGACCCGUCCCCUCGACCUGCGACCCGUCCCCACCACCUGCGACCCGUCCCUCGACCUGCGACCCGUCCCUCGACCUGCGACCCGUCCCUCGACCUGCGACCCGUCCCCCGACCUGCGAACCGUCCCUCGACCUGCGACCCGUCCCUCGACCUGCGACCCGUCCCUCGACCUGCGACCCGUCCCCCGACCUGCGAACCGUCCCUCGACCUGCGACCCGUCCCUCGACCUGCGACCCGUCCCUCGACCUGCCCCCUGCUUCGGAUCAGCUCAGGUUUCCCUCGUCGUCCUGAGCAGCCGGAGGGUCGUCUCGGUCCCAGCGAUGCCUCCCUCCGUCCCCUCCUCCCUCCUUCUCCUCGUCCUCGUCCUCCUCCAGGCCUCAUCGGCCUCCCAGGAGCUCCAGGUCAGAGGUCACAGGUCACCGAGGGAAGCCAGGCCGGACUCCAUCAAGGUGGUGAUCUCCGAGGCCUGCGUCACUCAGGGGGAUUCGUCUGACGUCAGUCAGGCAGGCAGAGAGUUCGACCUGGCCCCUGGUUCUCCUCUGGUCCUGACCCAUAAGAUCAAACUGGUUCCGUCGGGUCUGGGUUCGGGAGCCGGGUCCUGCGGCUGCGAGCCGGACCUCGCGGCGCUGCGGGAGCGUCUGGAGCGUCUGGAGCGGGAGGUGUCGACCCUCCGAGAGGAAUGUGGAGGAGCUGACGGAGGCUGCUGCACCUCCAAGGAGAGCAAAGGUGCAGGUUGCACCAUCAAGCCCCAGAAGGACGAAUGUCCCAACGAGUGCAGUGACCAGGGUCGAUGCGUGGACGCCAAGUGCGUCUGUUUCCCGGGGUUCAGCGGACCCGACUGCAGCGACUCCAACUGUCCCGGGAACUGCCACGACAGCGGGAGGUGUGUGAACGGACAGUGUCUGUGCGACCCUGGACUCACCGGGCCGGACUGCUCCGAGAGGACCUGUCCCGACACCUGCAGCGAGCGUGGCCGGUGUGUUGACGGUCAAUGUGUUUGCGACGGCGGCUUCACCGGCCCGGACUGCUCAGAACUAGCCUGUCCUGGGAACUGCAACAGCAGGGGGCGCUGCGUCAGCGGGCAGUGCGUUUGCAGCGAUGGAUUCAGCGGCGCAGAUUGUUCUGAGAAGACUUGUCCUGAUAACUGCAACGGACGUGGAAAGUGUGUGAACGGUCUAUGUGUUUGCGACAGCGGCUUCGCCGGUGACGACUGCUCUGAAAACUCCUGUCCAGGAAACUGCAACAGCAGGGGGCGCUGCGUUGACGGUCAGUGCGUUUGCACCGAUGGAUUCACCGGUGUGGACUGCACCGAAAAAGCUUGUCCCAGCAACUGCAGCGACCGCGGGAGGUGUGUCAACGGGAAGUGUGUUUGCGGCGUCGGAUUCGCCGGACCGGACUGCUCCGCCAAAGGUUGUCCCAAGAACUGCAGCAACAGGGGGCGCUGCGUCAAGGGGAGGUGCGUCUGUCGGCGUGAGUUCAAGGGGCAGGACUGCAGCCUGUGUGCGGACAACAUGACCGGACCCAACUGUGACACAAUCAUGUCGGCCGUUUCCCAGCUGACGACUCGUGACGUCACAGGCUCGUCCGUCACGCUGCUCUGGACUCCGCCUCCUGUCCAGUACGACGCCUACCACCUGACCUUCACCAGCCAGAAGGACGGGGAGCAGCCGGUGACGGUGCAGGUGGAGGGAAGCCUCCGCAGCUUCACGCAGACCGGACUGGCGUCGGCGCAGCUCUACGGCGUCACGGUGGUCGGAGAGAUCGGCGGCAGGAGGGGAGCAGAGAGCCACGCCCAGUUCAUGACCCUCGUCUCAGGUCCCACCAACCUCCACGUGGUCAAGACGACCUCCACGUCGGCGGUGGUCCAGUGGGAGAAGCCGCAGGGUGAGAUCGACCGGUACCGUUUGACCGUCACGCCCAGCGACGGAGCGGGGAGGAGCCAAGAAAUCACCGUGCCGGCUGACCGAGACUCCGCCCACGUCGGGCAGCUGGAGGCGGGGCGUUUGUACGACGUCGUCCUCGUGGCGGAGAGGGGCGCGAGUCGGAGCGAGCCGGCGACCACCCAGGCCGUUCCCGGGGAAUCAUUACCAAUGGUUACCACGGCAGUUUUGACCAGGCAGGUCACGCUCGCACCUGGACAAGAAGUUGGUGACUUGGACCGAGGAUUCGACCCGUCGCCUGAGGUGCAAGUCUCAGACCAACAGGGGGGGAGGGGGGAUGGAAGAGAGGCCGACUCUGUGAGAGUUGGAGGUAUCGAUGGACCGGACAAACACUCCUCAUCCUCUGUGCCUGCAAGAAGUAAACCUCUGGUUAGCAGGACCCUGGCGUUAAACGGCACCAGGCCCAACAACGCAGAAAGGCUCACAUUGUCCAGGAAGCCAAACGUCCCAGGACCGUUCCGAUUCAACGCAUCCAGAGUUGUGCCUGGGGGGAGAAAAACUGGCACUGGCCCCUUGAAAAAGCCCUUAAUGGGGAGGAAACAGAACGCCCCGAUAGUGCCCAAAAAACCUAAACCAGGUGCCCCCAAAAAAGGAAACAGGACAAUAGAUUUGACUGUGAAAGUACCUAACACUGAAGCUUCAAUCGCUGAGAGGAGGGACGACAAAAGUCCGCCUGCUCUAACGUCUGGAACUGAUUCAGAAACACACAGACAGAAAAGCUCGGAGGAACCAAAAAGGCAACCAGAUGUUAGGGUGGCGGGCCAAGGAAACGACACUGCUCCAGUGUCUUCAGAGCCAACUGGGACUGUCCAACGCCCGGAGAAGAAAUGUCUGAACAAACUCAAAGUGACUCACAGCAGAUUACCCCAUAAGGACAGAGGCGGCGGAUGCGAAGGGGAGGGGACAGAUCGAUCCCCUCCUGAUCUGAACCCCUCGUCUGCAGAGACGGAACUCGACUAUUCACCAGAUCCUCUUCACAAACUCCUGACGGAAACUUUUGACAGUUUGAAUAUCACAACAUUUUCUGUUCACCUGUCCAAACCAUCAAACCUCUCUGUUGAUGCAAACGCAGUGAGGAAGCAGAUCUUAAGAGGACUGAAGCCGCUGACAUCAUUUUCGUCAUCCUCUUCAUCAUCCUCAUCGACCUCAAGAUCAUCACAUCCAACAGCCUCAUCAUCAUCAUCAUCAUCAGUUUCAUCCUUAUUGACUUCAGCAUCAGCUCCUCAAGUUUCAUCCUCAUCAACAGCAGCGAAAUCAUCAUCGUCACUACUAACAUUUUUAUUAUCGUCAUCACCACCAUCACUUACACAUUCAUCAUCACCACCAUCACUUACACAUUCAUCAUCAUCACUAUCACUUACACCUUCAUCAUCAUCACCAUUGUCUUCCAGCUUAAAUAAAUCUGAUUCAUUUGGAAGCGAUGAACUGGAUGUUGAUAAAAGCAAAAACGCAGCUGACACUGCAUCACCAGAAGAAACAACGCAAUCGCCCUCAGGAAAAUUUGGCAUCCGCGUUUUCCACCACACGCAUCCAAAACGUGGUUUCAUACGUCGUCCACGGCCAAACUUAGGUUUGUUUCAGAACAAGACCCGUCUAAAUUUGAGAGGUCCUCAACGCUCCCCAUCUCAUUUAAACAUUAUCCCUACAAAAGAGACAGAGACCAGACAUUCAUCCCCAGAUGAAUCACCGCCUUCAUCUGAUUUGGAGGAAGUUAAGAUAAACACACCAGUCAGGGAUGCGAGUAGAGACGAGGAUGGGGCAGCUAAGCCUGCAUCCUCUGGACAAGACCAGAAACCGAUGCAGACAGAAAGAGGACGAACUCCAGUUCGCCAUCCUCCUCCAAAAGGUGGAUAUGUGCGUCGCCCUUUUCCAAACAUGGGAUUUCUUCAGAACAAAACUCCUCCUAAUUCAAGGCUCUUGACUCGCCCCGCUCGACCUUUAAAUCCUGACAUAGAAACACAGAAAGAGCAGAUAUCCCAAACUGAAUCACCAGCCACUCCAUCUCCUCUUGUUUCCAAAGAAUCCUAUCCCGCUGAAGGUAGAGAGCCAAAAGGAGACAGAGCUGGGAUGAGGAUCUCCACAAUAAGGAUGUCCAAUGGUUUGAAUCAGACUCUCAGAGAGCCUUUCUCCCAUCGCCCAAUGCCCAGAGUUCCUUAUUACCAUCGCCCCCAGGUGUAUGGUGGACCUCUCCAAAACAAAACACGUCCAAACCUGAGACCACCUCAAUAUCCACGUAGAGGUCUCAUUCGCAAACCUUUCCCAAUUAGAAAGCUAAAUGGAGACACUGUUGGAAGUCAAACUAGCCAACGAGAAAUCAAGGGUACACCUGACACCCCGCAAAGCCAGUCAGGAGUGGAGGAUGUCCCCAGGCCUACCCGAGGAAUCGGAGCCCAAAUAAGACAAGAGGGAGAACUAGAAACUGCAGAAGUAAUUCCAAGUGCCCAGAUGGAAGGACAUGGAACUGCUGUCACACCACAAAUUAACAAAUUAGAAAUGGAAGAAAAUGCUCCAGUCCAAACCACAAAAUCUGGGGAAGAAGAAACCAUCACCCCUGUUUCUAAUAAUGACUUUGACAUUCACAGACAGAGAGUCGAUGCUCCUAAAAAUCCUGCCCCUGCGGUUCGCGGUAGACCAAAUACCCAACAAACUUCCUUUGAUUCAAGAGCCUCAAGACCAGCCACAAUUCCAAAACGACAACCACCCUCAAGAAAUAUAACAGGACAACAUGGCACCCAGAUGGGACACUUCAGCGGUGGGAGCCAAAGGGGAGAGGAUCCAAAAACAAAUCAUACUGUAAAACCGUUUUUUGACAGUAAAACUGGACAAACGAGAGGUGCUGCUUCCAAACCUUUGAUGGGAUCAGAUGUUUCUUCAUCCGGAGUCACAAGAGAACAGCUGGACUACGUUGGAGUGACGAACCGGACCUCGGAUGGUUUUACGCUCAUAUGGGACUCGCCGGAAGGAAAGUACAAAAACUUUGUUGUUACUAGGAAACAAGUUGGAAAGGAUGCGAGACCAAAGCAACAAGAAAACCCGAAAAACCAAGAAAGACGCCGGGACGACUCUGAGAGAGAGGAUGGACAUGAAGAGCAGGAUGGGAAGCAUCGACCAACUGAGGAACCUGAAUCGGAAGCCGGGAGCACUGAAAGUGUGGUUACACAUAUUCCGAUGAAGCACAGCAGCACAACAGUGAAACCGUCAACAGGAGGCGUUAAAACCUUCAAAGAAGUUCUUCCUGGUUCAGCUCGCUCCCUCCACUUUGAGGAUCUGCCUCCUCGGACCGAGUACACCGUGACCUUGCUUGGAAAAGGUCCUGGCCUCCUGUCGAGACUCCACAAGCUUGUCAUCAGUACAGGCCCCGAGCCUCCGACCGACAUCGUCUUCAGCGAAGUGACGGAAAACUCCCUGACGGUGUCCUGGACCAAACCCAAGAGUCCCGUCAGUGGUUUCAAAGUCACCUACACCCACAGCGAGGACGGGGAGCCGGUGUCCGUGUCCCUGGACUCGGAGGACUCCUCCCUCGGCCUAUCGCAGCUCGCUCCCGGUUCCACCUACGAGGUCAGCAUCCUCUCCAUCCUCGGACUGGACGAGAGCGAUCCCGUCGACGACGUCGUCAGGACACUGCCCGACCCGCCGACACACCUCCGGGCCGUGAACGUCACGGACACCAAGGCCUUGUUGUUGUGGCGGCCGGCGUUGGCCGCCAUCGAUAAGUACGCCCUCGUCUACAGCUCUGGUCCCGGUUCAGAGUUGAGAAUCACCGUGUCUGGAAACGCAGCCGAGCAGCAGCUGAGCGAUCUGGAAGGAUCCACAACCUACACCGUCACCAUCACCAGCCAGCAGGGCGGCGACGAGAGCUCACCGGCCUCCACCAGCUUCACCACCGCCAGUGGCUCUGAGAGCGACGAGCCGCGAGACCUCCGGGCCGACCACGUGACCCCUCGCACCGCCCUGUUGUCAUGGAAACCACCCGCGCAGCCCGCCGGGAGCUACAGGCUGACGUAUCAGACGGAAGGUCACGAAAUGAAGGAGCUGACGGUGGAUUCGUCAGAGACCCAGUUCAACCUGACCAGACUUCAGCCCGGGGCCACGUACACGGUGCAGCUGCAGGCGGAGGCCGGGGGACGAUACACCUCCACCGCUUCCACAGAGUUCACCACCGGCACCCUGAGGUUCCCCUUCCCCACCGACUGCUCUCAGGAGCUGCUGAACGGCAUCAGGACGUCCGGCCAGGUGGAGAUCUUCCCUCAGGGGAAACAGGCGACGCCGACGGCAGUUUACUGCGACAUGGAGACCGACGGCGGCGGCUGGACGGUCUUCCAGAGGAGGAGGGACGGCUCGGUGGACUUCUACAGAGGCUGGGCGGAGUACGCCAGAGGAUUCGGAGAUCUGAGCGGGGAGUUCUGGCUCGGACUCGAGAGUCUCCACAACCUGACAUCAAUGACCAGGAUGAGUCUGCGCGUCGACCUGCGAGACGGAGACGACUCGGCGUUCGCCAAAUACUCCACGUUCGAAGUGGCCCGGAGGAACUACAAGCUGAGCGUGGGCGGAUACAGCGGCACGGCAGGCGACUCCCUCAGCUACCACAACAACCGCGUCUUCUCCACCAAAGACCGCGACCCGGCGCCGUUCAUCACCCGCUGCGCCAUGUCGUACCGCGGAGGCUGGUGGUACAAGAACUGCCACCAGGCCAACCUCAACGGUCUGUACGGCAUCGACGUCAAGCACCAGGGUCUGAUCUGGACUUCCUGGAAAGGAAAAGACGUCUCCGUCGCGUUCACUGAGAUGAAGAUGCGACCGGCGUCCUUCAGUCCUCCAGCCAGAGGGUGAAAGAGAGAGAGACGCCAAUGAACUAAUGAACACACACACACACACACACACACACACACACACACACACACACACACACAUCAGAAGAGGAGACGAGGUUGUGGUUUUUUCCAUGUGUACAAACGUCAGUUAUCAAUAUUUUACCGUCGAUUGUACAGUUUCUUCUUUAACGCAGCAGAUUCAACUUCCUCUAUAUUUAAAGGGUCCGUUCACAGACACUCCCAGGUGAUCGCCCCCUGGUGGUCAUAAGCCCCGCCCACGAGCUCGGCUCUGACAAACCGAUCUGUGUUCAGGAAGUUUUGUUUCUUCUUCUCUGCGUUGAUGAACUUGGACUCGUCUCGUCUGCGACCUUUCUUCAUGUUUGAUGUAAAUAAGUAGAAACACACAGAAUCAUUAUCAAACUGGUUUGUCUCCAAAAUGUUUAAACUGUCACGAUCCAAUAAAAACUGAAUUUCUUUUUUA